AUGGCCGUACUCGAAGCACUGAAGAAGUCUCGAUCGCGAGGAGAUGAAUCCCAGACUGGAGGCAUCUCGCCAUCGACAAGCCUUGGCUCAACCCAACAUGGCGACAACGACAACAGUUCCGACCUUGAGAAGGGCGAACCCAGCCCAGACACGUCACCCCAGAACAACAAAGACGAGGGCUCCGAACACUUCCUCGUCGCGUUCGACGGCGACGAUGAUCCGCUCAGUGCCAAGAACAAGAAGACUGCGACCAAAUGGGCUAUCGUCAUCAUUCUGGCAGUGGGCUCGUUCUGCGUGACCUGUGCCUCUUCACUAUACACGACGACGUACGCCGGCAUGUCUCGCGACUUCGGCUCAUCGCGCCUUACCAACACGCUAGGCCUGUCGACCUUCGUCUACGGGCUGGGUAUUGCCCCUAUGGUUCUUGGCCCUCUAUCCGAGUUCUAUGGACGUCGCAUCAUCUAUCUGCUCGCCUUCGGCGGUUUCUUCGUCUUCUUGAUCCCCUGCGCGGUGGCGCAGAACAUCGCGACGAUGCUAGUGGUGCGCUUCUUUGAUGGCUUCUUUGGCAGCGCGUUUCUGUCAGUAGCUGGCGGGACAGUUGGUGACAUGUUCACGAGAGCUGAGCUCCAGACACCGAUGUUGAUCUACAGUGCCUCGCCAUUUCUGGGACCGGCAACGGCGCCUGUGUGGGGCGGCUUCGUCAACUCGUUCAUCGACUGGAGAUGGAGCUGGUAUAUCAUGCUGAUAUUUGCUGGGGCUGAGUUCAUCAUGAUUGCUGUCUUUAAACGCAAGGAGACCGGUGAUGAGAGAUGGAAGGCACCAAUCGAGGUUUCCGACAAGUCUGUCCUGUGGACGGUGGUGCACAGUUUGUACCGGCCCUUCUUGAUGCUGUUUUUGGAUCCGAUGGUGCUCAACAUCUGCCUCUUCAGCGCAGUGCUGUUGGGAAUACUGUACCUCUUCUUCGGCGCGAUACCGUUGGUAUUUGGCCACGUGUACGGGUUCAAUCUCUGGCAGAAUGGCUUGGCCUUCUUGGGGAUUUUCGUGGGUAUGGUCAGCGCCAUGGCUACGGAUCCAAUCUGGCGGCGAAAUUAUGGUAGGCUUAUGGACAAGAAGGAGCGUGAGACUGGAGAACGCAAAAGUGAGCCGGAGAUGAGACUGCCGCAGAGUAUCUUUGGCGGUUGGUUUAGUGUGUUCGGCCUCUUUUUGUUUGCUUGGACCUGUUAUCCUUCUGUGCACUGGAUUGUGCCUAUUAUUGGGACAGCCUUCUUUGGAUUCGGCAUCAUCUUGAUCUAUACCUCCUUCUUCACAUUCUUGGUGGAAGCCUAUCCUCUGUACGCCGCUUCAGCUCUGUCAGCCAACUCUUUCGCCAGGAGUUGUUUCGCUGCCUCGUUCCCGAUCUUUGGACUUCAGAUGUACGAGAAGCUGGACUACCAUUGGGCCACGACGCUGCUGGCUUUCUUGUGCUUGGCACUCGCACCGUUUCCGUAUGUCUUCUGGAUCUACGGGAAGCAGUUGCGGAAGAAGAGCAAGUUCGGAUCGGCUUGA